CCAUGUUUCAUCAACUCUCAAAAUGAAAGCCAUCGUGCUGAAUGGCACAAACGCUACAGUGGUAUACUCACGGCCCAUUCCCAGACUACGUGAUGACUACCUUCUCAUUAAAACCAUUGCCGUCGCCCUAAAUCCGACCGACUGUAAGGCGAUCAGCCAGGGAAGAGGGGCCAAAAACGGCCUUGCUGGCUGCGACUUCGCUGGUACUGUCGAAGACAUCGGACCAGCAGUCACCAAGAAGUGGACUAAAGGUGACCGAGUCUGUGGCUGUACGCAUGGUGCCAAUAGCAGCAAUGCCGAGGAUGGGUCCUUCGCGGAGUUCAUCGUUGCUAAGGGGGAUGUUUGUAUACGAAUGCCGGAUAGCAUGAACUUCGAGGACGUGGCCGGCAUCGGCGUCAGUGCAAUUACAUGCGGUCAAGGCCUGUUCCAGCAAUUGGGGCUGAAUCUUCCCGUUGAUCCCAUCAAAGAGAAAGAGUAUAUUUUGAUUUAUGGUGGGAGUACGUCGGCGGGAACUCUUGCUAUCCAAUACGCGAAACUGGCCGGUUAUUCUGUUCUUGCAACUUGCUCUCCUAAGAAUGCAGAUCUGGCCAAGUCCCGCGGCGCCGAAGCAGUCUUCGACUACCGAGAUCCAGCAUGUGGAGAGCAGAUCUACCGUUACACGAACGGAGAGCUCCAGCUGGUCUGGGAUACAAUCGGCUCCGACCAAGGAGUCCGGGUCUGCAUGACUGCCCUGUCAACGAAGCCCGGAUGCCGAUACGGUACGAUUCUCUUCAAUGAUAUUCCUCGGCAGGAUGUCGCCUGUACCCGGAGCAUCAUGAUGACGUUUCGGGGCGAGCCCUUUGACUUGUACGGCAAACAUUUUCCGGCAAAUGCUGAGGACUUUGAGUUUGCGAAGAUGUUCACACAAUUGACGGAAACACUCCUCGCUGAAAACAAGUUGAAGCCUCAUCCAGCCAGAAUCUGUGAAGGGGGCCUGCAAGGUGUACUUAAUGGUGUCGGGUUGAUGCAACAGGGGAAUGUGAGCGGCACUAAAUUGGUGUAUAGAGUUGCUGAUAGUUGCUAGGUAAGGGUUUCGUUCCCCACAAUCCAGGGUUGCGUACAAUGUACAUAUGGGGAUAUAAGCAUGGGCGCCUUCCAAGUUGGGUUGGUUUCCCUCUCCAUCGUUCCCUUUGUUUAUCCAUGCGACGGGGACGAUGUCAAUCCUGGGGGGAAUUCAAGGCACGCUGUCGAUCAUCUCGUACAUGUGACUUCGAUGUACAGGCGAUAAACCAAAAAUGGGGCUGCGAUUGGUCACUAGUUCCCAACCAUUGGAUUGCCUCUGUAUGAAGUCAUCUUUGCUCAUGAGAACCCUGUACAUAAUAGUGUAGGAAGACAUCAAUGGAGAAGUACUGGUUGAUACAGAAUUGGGUGGUUAUAAGUCAUUUGGAUCGAAUGAUGUGGCUUUUCAAGGGUUUGUCAAGGGGGGUUGGGGUUAACGUACCAAAGUAGCUGAAAUUGGGAAUAUUCCGCCUAGGCUAAAUGACUAACGAGAGGAAAGUGGAAUGAGCGAUUAUCCCUAUCUUUGCCAGAGCACCUAUAAUUCACGCAAAGAUAUAGAACAAGUGUUCUUCUGAAUUUCUAGACGGCAGAAACGACCGUUCUGGACAUAUAAACCCCCGGUGGGCCAGACCAAUAAGCAGGGGAAUGGUGGGGUAAGU